AUGAGCUUUGGCGGCGCGCGAUCCAGCUUGGUGAAGGUCACACUGGACGUCAAGGAGCAGCUCGAAACGUACCUGAACGAGAACUGCACCUACACCACAGAGGCCUAUUCUCUGGUUCGACCUGAAGGUGCAGCUGUCGACGUCGACUAUUAG